AAAUUUAGGUGACGAUCUCUAGUUUGGACGAUGCAUUUCAGAGACAUUUUCACACUUUGCAUUAUUAUUGCUUUGGCGACAGCUGAAACUGGUCCAACCCAUGACAAAGUAAUCGUAUGCUAUGCAACCAAUGAAACAAGUUCGAAUGGAACUCAAUUUCCAAUUGAGGAUGUAGAUUUAAAUCUGUGCACGCAUCUCAUUUAUGCAGACAAUCUGGAUGUUACAACAUACACAACGGGACCAUGGCGAGACUCACUCGAAACCUCCAACUAUGAGCGGUUCACCAACUUACGGGAAACUUAUCCACAUUUGAAGAUUUCAUUGGCCAUUAAGCAUUUCUUGGUCGAUUACUUGCGAAUUGCAACGGAUCCAGCAAGUUAUUGGGACUUUGCCAAAGAUGCAUCAGACUAUCUGUUGCAGCAUAAAUUCGAUGGAUUGGAUUUAAUGUGGGAGUUCUCGGACAUAAGCGACACUAACUUGCAACCGAAUCAAUCGUUCGGUGACUAUGCCAAUCCCAAUUUGCGCUUCGACAAAGAACAAAUCCACAGUUUUGUGAAGCGCUUGAAAAAAACGUUCAAAUUGCACGGUCUAUCGGUGACAUCAACAUUUGUUGCGACAACGGAAAAUAUAGCCGAAGUGCUUGACAUUCCGGCAAUAUCUCGCCACUUGGACUACGUGCAUUUUGUGCAAAAGUACAAUUUCAAUUGGAAGCCACAAGAGGAUAUCAUCAACUAUGCGAUAAAAGAGCGUUCAAUCAACAGCACCGAACAAAUGAUCAAUUCGCUUCUCGAACGAGGUGUUGCUGCGAAUAAGCUUGUGAUGGGAGUUCAAUUCUCGGGCCUUUUGUUUCGAUCGAUACAAGGACUUGGCCGUUUCAGUGCGACGACAUUCAGACGUCAGCUGGGCUACAAUGAAGUCUGUGAUGCAUUGUCAAAAUUGAGUGGAUGGCAAAAAAUCUACGAUCCAAAAUCAGGUCUGGCCAUUGCAAAACGAAUGGAACCCUCCUCUGGCGCUCAUUUGCCACGACUUUCCACAAUUGUCUUCGAAAGUGGUCGUUCAAUUGUGCGCAAAAUUCAGUUUGCUGUGAGCCAGAAAUUGGCUGGCGCUAUGGUCUUUCCAAUUGAUAUGGACGAUUUUGUUGGACUUUGCUCAGUUGACAAAGACACAUACGCAGACUUCAAACCACCACAAGGUGUCAAUUUGAACAUUGACACAAAUGAAAACCGAAAAUUCCCACUCCUCAGAACAGUUAACGAAGCCAUUCUCACACAAUUGGAGGAAAAUGACCAUUCAGUCGUUGAUAGAAUUGAACCAAAUACUCCACAAGGCGAAAAUGUUCAAGUAGCUUCGAGAUUUGCUCAGAUUCCAACGUUUAUGCGCCGCAGAGCAAAUGUUCCGAAUAAAGUUCGAAUCUUCAAAAUUCGCCGUCCGAUCGCAACUGUGAAUAUUCCCGCUUAUGACUAUAAUUACGAUGAUUUGAACCUAGAAAUACUCGAUGCACUACUUUAAGCCACUGAUUUUAGUUUAGUUCAUUUAUUUAUUUUGAAGAAAUUUUUACGUAUUGUGAAGCGCUUCCGAUUUUGUGAAUAAAUUUCACGUUUUUCUGAUAAGUUUUUUUUUAAUUCACGUUUUUAAUUAAUUUGUUGAUUCAAUAUUUGAUUAAAGUAAAAAUAAAAUGCUUAACCCAAAUGUCUUCUGAUGAAAUGAACUUUCACUAUGAAAAGACACACUUGGAAUGAACAAAACCACUUGAUGUGAAAUUGCGCGAGAAAAUAUCACGAAGUUUCUGUGAUAAAAGCAGCAAUUGUUCGCAACUGUCAAUUGGAUAGAGUUAUUUUAAGCUUAUCUCACUUUUAUCGCUUUUCGUAUGGAGUUCAUGAGCAACAAGUGUCCAGCGAAUACUGUUGACUCGUCAUAAGAGCAAAAAAAUCAAAAGAUAAAAUAGCAUAAUGAAU